UUUUCAGCCGGAUGUUUUAUUAGAAAAUUGAAAAAAAUAAAAACAAAAAGAAGCUGCGCGAAAAUGCGUAAUAGUGCAUCAUCUUGUCGAAUCGUGGCGUAGUCCCUUGGAUUUUUACCAUUUUCCACGCAAACCCUUUUCACGAUAAACGGUAUCUUCGUCGUUUCUUUCCAUUGUUUUUGGUUUUUCUUUUUCCAAUUCCACCAACCAAAUCUUCAGAAUGGCUGAGGGUAUCAAUGAUGAAUCUUUGCUGGCUCGAAUUCGAGUACUGGAACAUGAACGUGAUGAAUUACGCAAAGAUAUUGAACAGCUAUGCAUGCAGCAAGCUGGGCCUGCCUAUCUUGCUAUCGCUACCCGAAUGCAUUUUCAAAGGACAGCUGGCUUGGAACAGGAGAUUGAGAGCUUGAAAAAUAAGUUGGCUUCAUGCACAAGAGACAGUCUAAAUCUACAAGAGGAGCUUUCUGAGGCUUACAGAAUUAAAAGUCAACUGGCAGAUCUACACAGUGCCGAGGUGUCGAAGAAUAUGGAAGCCGAGAAGCAAGUUAAAUUUUUCCAGGGCUGUGUAGGUGCUGCAUUUGCUGAAAGGGAUCAUGCAAUAAUUGAGGCUGAAAAGGCCAAGGAAAAGGAGGAGGCGAUGUCACAACAGAUAGAUGGUUUCCUCAAAAGGAUAGAAGAACUCACCUCAGUCUGUCUUAAGCAAAAGGAAUUUCAUGAUGCUCUGCAGAGUGAUCAAGCAAUGUAUACAGAGCAAAAUGAAAAAUUUAAGAAGGUAAUUAAUAAGUUCUUUCAGAUCAGGCAAUAUUCCCAGAAAGAAUGUGAUGAUACAAGUUGGGAUGUUAAAUGUAGAUGUCUUUUGGAUGACUCUGAGGAAUUAUGGAGUUUCAAUGAUGCUUCCACUUCUAAAUACAUUAGUGCAUUAGAAGAGCAGCUGGACAAAGUAAACAAUUCGGUGGAAUAUCUUCAAAGUAAACUUAGGGUGGGCUUGGAAAUUGAAAACCAUCUAAAGAAGAGAGUCAAUUUAAUGGAAAAGAAGCAAAUUUAUAUGAACAAAGUGAUUGAGAAUGGCAUAGAAGACUUAAAACACCAUCAUUUUAACUAUAAGGAUCAUAUUAUGAAUUUACUUAAAGAUGGGGAAUCCACUAUUAAAUCCAUAAUCAAUGAGAUUGAUGAAAGGAUCAGGAAGUUCAAUAAGAAUAUUGAGCCAAAUUUGGUCCCUCAAAGAGACACAGAAGUAGAACAGAAUGAAUGUGGGGAUGCAGACAUAAGCCCACAAGAUGAAACUGUUUCACAGUCCAAGAGUAGUGGCCUUGGCUCACUGGCAGUAAAAACUGAUGGACAAGGUGAUUCAUCUGAUGCUUUAGCAAUGGCGUUGCAACAAAAGGUUGAUACAUUAUUGCUGUUAUCACAGCAAGACGAAAGACAUCUAUUGGAGAGAAAUGUGAAUUCAGCCCUUCAAAUAAAGAAUGAAGAACUUAAAAGGAACUUGUUACAGGUUACUAAUGAAAAGGUGAAAGCUCUAAUGGAUUUGGCACAAUUAAAGCAGGAACAUCAAUUACUUCUAGAAAAAUUAGCUCAUGAGAGUAAACAAGGAGUUGACGGUGGAGAAAGAAAACUUGUUAUCCGUGAAAGUGAUGGAACUCUAAAAAACUUGCUGAAGAAAUCAUAUUUGAGACGAUGGAUUGACCCACUGGACGCUAGAGGAAAAGAGGUUGUCAGUAAUUCAAAUAAUGAAGGGAGGUUCAUCAGAUCCAACAGUGUGGAUUUUGCAAGAAUGAAGAUUGAAAAUGCAACACUUCAAGAAAGCAUGGAUAGCAUGGAGCGUUUAACUUCGUCAAUUCAUAGGCUUCGCCUCUCUCUUUGGAAGGUGAAGGAGUCUGUGACUUCCGAAGGUACAGUUUCUGGUGUUUCAGAAGCCCUAAACGGUGUUCUCAACGAGGCAAAACUUUUAAGGACUGCUCUUGGCAGCUCCUUACCAAUUAGUUCGUCAGUUAAGACAGAAGUUAGUUACAUUAGACAUAGUGAGGGCGUCCAUCAGGAAUGCAGUGACGAGAAGAUAGACACUGUUUCUGCUGCCGGGCUUGAAAUGGUGGAGCUUUUGAUUUUUGCCGCUCAGAUGCUGAGGGACAUGUAAACCACUCUGGUUGCUGAUAUAGAAGUCUCUGAAGAGCUGCUCAUUAUUAUGGUGACUGGUGCAUGUGCUGUUCUCUUUAAUGGGUUUGAUGCUUGUAUUUUCAGAUCUUCUUUUAAGGCCCGCGGUCCACACUAAUCAGGCAGGGUGAUGAUGAAAAUUCAAAGGAUACGGUCAUAUUAUAUGCACAUGAUACUGUAAAUUUAUAACCCUCAUCGCUAAGUUAUAGAAUACCACAAUACACGCACUAUUAUCACAUUCUUGGAGGCGAAUACAUUAUUGAGAUUUAA